CUUCACUAGCUGACUAUACUGCUUCAGAGCUGAUCCAAUCCAACAGCAUACCUGAGAAAUGAAUUAUGUCAAUGAUUCAACAACAGAUAUCUGGACUACAGAAGAUACGUCUGCAUAUGACCAAGACGAUUAUGAAGGCAUAUUCGAUAGUGGCAUAUGUGAUAAAAGUUGGGUCAGAGACUUUCGUGGCUACUACGAACCCCCUCUUUACUGGAUCAUCUUUGUAAUAGGAGCUCUGGGCAACCUGCUCGUUGUGUGGAUCUACACCACCGUAAGAAACCGACUCAAAACCAUGACGGACGUCUACCUGCUGAACCUGACGAUCGCCGAUCUCCUCUUUCUCGGCACGCUUCCGUUUUGGGCCACGGACGUCACGAGCGGGUGGGUGUUCGGCCCCGUGACCUGCAGGGGAGUCCGUGCUGUGUACAAGAUCAACUUCUUCGCGAGCAUGCUUCUGCUCACUUGCAUAAGCGUGGACCGAUACAUAGCGAUCGUCCGUGUAACCCAAGCUCACAACUUUAAAAGCAGGAGGAUGUUCUACAGCAAGCUGGCCUGCCUGUGUGUCUGGGUGUUGUCUUGCCUUCUGUCACUGCCAGAGAUGAUCUUUGCUGAUGUGAAGAAACCCCAGAAUAGUCUAUCCUCGUGCAGCAUGGUCUAUCCCUCAGACGACCAAAACCUCACCAAAGUCCUGGUGUUCUGUUUGCAGAUCUCUGUCGGCUUCUGCUUCCCACUGCUGGUCAUGGUGGUGUGCUAUUCAGUGAUCAUCCGCACCCUGCUGCAGGCUCGCAACUUCGAGAAGCAUAAAGCGUUGAGGGUUAUCUUCGCAGUAGUGGCGGCGUUCGUCCUCUCCCAGCUGCCGUACAAUGGGCAUUUGGUUAUGGAGGCAGCACAGGCUAAUAAUGCAACCAUGCGAAAAUGCGAUGAGCUCAAGGCCUUUGAUGUGGCCGGGCAGGUUGUGAAGAGUCUGGCUUAUACCCACUGCUGCCUCAACCCCAUCCUGUACGUCUUUGUUGGCGUACGCUUCCGGAAGGAUCUGCUACAUCUGUGGCACUGCUUGGCCUCAGGAAGUAAAGACAAAGUGAAGACAGUCCCCAAGAGGCCGUCUGUCAUGUCUGACACCGACACCACUCCGGCACUGUCUUUGUAGUCUGUUUUUGCGGUCUAUUGUCCAUCUGAUUUUGAUUAAUCCAUCACAGAUCCAUAUCGACCAACAGGUCACCUAGACAUUGCAUUUUAACCACAAUUCUCAGAUUAUAAUGCAUUGUAAAGCAUCAAUGGCUGCAUAUCAUCACAUCAUAUCACCGAAGACAGUAUAUACAAUAUCCAGUAUUCAUAAAAACUAUAUAUUCACACAGUUCAGCUGACUAUUUCUCAUGUAUCUUUUAAUAAAUGUCAUUUUAGGGGGAAUACCAAGUAUCUCAACACAAUCACUGUGAAUUUUGUAAAUAAACCUGCCAAAGUGUUUGUAAAUGUACUAAACAUACACUGACCUCAUCAUUAACGUUAUCAUUUUUUUCCAUUGCAUUUUUUUAUAUUGUCUUUUUGCAUUAAGUUUAAAGCUCUUAUUUUGUUGGAAAAAUUGUACAGUUUGUUAACAAUUUUACUUUGAUCUUUUCAGCAUUUUGUAU